AUGCUAUUCUUCUUCCCCCGGGCAUGCCUUGUCUUUCCAGCCCUCCAGGUUAUCCUACCGCUCCUCCUUCCCCCCUUACCGACUAGCGCAAUUCCCGCCGAGUUCGACGUUACCCUCAAUAGCAGAGUACCCAUCUCCCACCCAGCACCGACAGUGCCGAUAAAGAAAGCGAAGGUGCUUAUACUCGGCGGCGGCCUGACAGGUAUCAUAGCCGCGCGAACGUUGCACCAGGCAGGGAUCACAGACUUUAUCAUUGUCGAAGCACGCACGGAACUCGGCGGACGCAUGCAGUCCGUCCCGUUUGGACGCUCCCCGUUCCCUCGUGUGCAGGUCGAGCAGGGCCCUAACUGGAUCCAGGGUACACAGACCCCGGGAGGAAAUGCCAAUCCGAUUUUCGAGCUGGCAAAGAAACAUGGACUGAAGUCGAGGUUUAAUGACUGGUUUGAGAGCCUUUCGACCUACAAUGCUUCGGGGCCGGCCGAUUUCCUGGAUGUUUUCGGGCAGUCGGAGGAUGACUACGAGCGAUUGACUGUGCUGGCUGGCACGCGGGUCGACAAGGGUCUUGUGGACACGUCCGCCCGGACAGGGUACUCCCUAGGUGGAGCGAAGCCUGCAACGCCACAUGCCCGUGCAUCCGAAUACUACCAAUUUGACUGGGAAUAUGCGCAGACGCCCGACCAGUCAUCUUUGAUCGCGUCGUCGUGGGGAAACAAUUAUACGUACGACGUCACCUCGGGAGGCUUCUCGGACGACAACCAGAUGAGCAUCGAUCAGCGUGGGUUCAAGACAAUCGCUCAGACCGAAGCCACCGAGUUCCUCGCGCCGUCUGGUAGACAGGUCUGGUUGGGCGCCACGGUAAGGACAGUGAAGCACUCGAGGGAAGGAGUGCAAGUGGUCCUGGCGGAUGGCCGCGAGCUCAGCGCGGACUACGCACUGUGCACGUUCAGCUUAGGCGUGCUCCAGCACGACGAUGUGAUAUUUGAACCCAAGUUGCCUGAUUUCAAGCAGGAGGCAAUCCAGAGUAUGGUGAUGGCAACAUACACAAAAAUCUUCCUGCAAUUCCCCCACAAGUUCUGGUUCGAUACUGAGAUGGCAAUCUAUGCAGACGAACAGCGCGGCCGAUAUACCGUCUGGCAGAGUCUUGACCACUCCGGCUUCCUUCCUGGCUCGGGCAUCAUCUUUGUCACCGUCACUGGCGACUUUGCAAUCCGCAUCGAGACGCUCUCCAACGCCCAAGUACAGGAAGAGGUCCUCUCAGUCUUGCGUGCCAUGUUCCCGUCCGUGCUCGUCCCCGAGCCAACCGACUUCUACUUUCCGCGCUGGCAUGCGAACCCGCUCUUCCGAGGCUCCUACUCGAACUGGCCGCCCUCGUUUGCGAGUCAGCACCUGGAUAACCUGAGAGCGAACAUUGGGAGACUGUACUUUGCUGGCGAGGCGACAAGCAGGAAAUAUUUUGGUGCGUCGUUACGCUUCGGUGGCUUGGUCUGUAUUGUGGAGGUGACCUAA